UCAAUUCAUAGUUGGCAACACUAAUAUGUUUUCCCACAUUAGUGCUAUUAUUAACAACUGUGAAUAGAAAAUAACACAUUGAAGACUAAAGUUUUGGAUUCUUCUGGAAAAAGAAAAUAUUUAACAUAUACAUUUUAGACUAUAAAUACUACAAAUUUAUCGUAAGAAUUAUAAAAAAGAGUAGACAUGUCGGACUGGGAUACAGUUACAGUAAUAAGAAAGAAAGCUCCCAAGGCUUCUGUUCUUAAAUCGGAGUCAGCAAUCAAUAAUGCCCGUCGGCAGGGACAAGCUGUGGAAACUACACAGAAAUAUGGUGCUGGCACCAACAAACAGCAUGUUACAACAAAGAACACUGCCAAAUUGGACCGUGAAACGGAAGAGUUGAAGCAUGAUAAAAUUCCACUAGAAGUUGGCAAACUCAUAAUGCAAGGGCGUCAAGCUAAGGGCUUAAGUCAAAAAGAUCUCGCUACCAAAAUUUGCGAAAAACAACAAAUUGUUACCGACUAUGAGGCUGGACGCGGUAUUCCCAAUAAUAUGAUUCUUGGCAAAAUUGAACGUGUGAUUGGUAUCAAAUUGCGGGGAAAGGAUCGCGGCCAACCCUUGGCGCCUCCCGGUAAAAAGUGAGAAAAUGCUACCACCGCUGCUUGUACGACUGGCAGCGGCGGUGGUAAUAGUGGUGGGAAUGGCGUUGCAGUUGCCAAGGUAAAGAACAAAUCGAAUGAUAUUACUAAGUCACAACAUCAGCAACUGAUGGCAACCAGUACUGCGACAAACAACAAUUCAUUUUCUCACAAUGCUACUACUACUUCUGCUAACAGCAGCAGCAAAAAGCGCAAAUAAUCUAUCGGGAGGCCGUAGCUUCUUCAAACAAAAAAUAACAACAACAACAAUUAGAUGAUGGACUGUGAAUGCAAAGUUUGAAUUCAUUAACUAAUCCAAUAAAACGCCAUGUUAAUGGUUGCUAUUAUUGAUAUAGCCUGAUUUCUGA